AUGUGCGAGUUAAUAUGUGGAAUGUGGAUCAAAAGUCACGUAUUGCAACAACUAGCUAUUCUGUUCUCGCAUGUGGACUGGAUCGUCGCAACUAGCUAUUCUGUUCUCACACGUGGACUGGAUCUAAGAAUCCAAUCGCUGAAUUCAGCACUCAGCAAGGUGUUGAUAGUUGAUGAUGGAAUUAAGGACAGGACAUCAAAGGUAGCUUUUAACUUUGUUAGGAAGUACAAGAUUGAUAAUGUAAGGGUCAUGCUACUGGGAAGAAAUCACGGAAAAGCAGAAGCGAUAAGAAAAGGAAUGCUUCAUUCACGUGGUGAACUCCUUUUGAUGCUCGAUGCUGAUAGGGCAACUAAGGUGACUGACCUCGAAAAGCUUGAAACACAUGUUUUGGGAACUGAAACCCUGUCUUGCAUUUGGGUAUAUGGAGAGCAACUUAUUUUUGCUUUUAUGCUGAUCCGUCAAUGUUCGAUCGGUAAUUUGGUUUACAUUGGAGGUCCUUAA